AUGAGCAGAAUAAAAGUAUCCAAAUCAUCAUCUUCACCAGAAAAAAUCCAAGAGAACGAGGAUUUGUUGACUGAAAUCCUGUUUCACCUUGGCGCCAAAACGUUAAUCAGAUUCAAAUGCGUCUCCAAGCGAUGGUCCACAAUAAUCUCCUCCCCUUAUUUCUGCCACCGCCAUGUCUUCCGCCACGCCAACAUCACCAAGGUCUCUAGCAUUUUCUUGGAACCCGGAGAAGAUGAUGAUAAUAAAAACCGUUACUUCAAUAACCAUAAAGACAUCAAGCCGUUAUCCUUAGAGAACGGAAGUCACGGCUCAUCAUCUCCCUUCGACUCCGUCGAAAUCCACCCGAAGGACCUCGCCUACAUUGUGCAAUCAUUCAAUGGCCUCUUACUUUGCAGAAUAUUACACCACCACAAAAAUCGAGAAUUCUUACCAAUAGAAUCGUUCUUUGUCUGUAACCCAACCACUGAAUGCUUCAUCGCCAUGUUAAAAAUUCAAGCCGCUCGCGCUUUGAAACAAUGGUAUACUCUUCGACUGAUGAAGCCGAGCCUGGUUCUUGGAGGCCGUGUGGGUCCCCUCUCAUGGCUCCAGCCAAGUUCGAACUUCAUAACGGAGUUUACUUCAACGGUUCAGUGCACUGGAUUGGCUUCGUUGAUCCGGAUUCGUAUGCGAAGAUGUCUGAGUCUCCGUUUUGACUUUAAAGAAGAGCGGUUGAGGGAUGAUAACAUGCCUCCCUUGCCGACUCUUGAUUACUUUUACAUUCCUGCAGCUGCAUGUGGCCACUUGAAUUUGGUUGGAUUUAGUUCUCCUGAGAGAAGCAACAUGAUAAGAGUGUAUCAAAUGGCUAUGGACUAUUCUAGGUGGGUUCUUCUGCACACACUUGAUCUUCCUCCAAUGUAUUGGCCGAAUGAUUUCAUUGCCAGCGUCAGAGUGCUUCACCUUAUUCAAGAUAGUGAAGAUUAUUGCAGCGGCAUGUCUUUGGUGUUGGUUGUAAACUAUAAUGUUGUUGUUUUCCGGUUAAAAGACCACACCUUUAAACAGAUUUAUUCUCGCUACGUGCCCUGGAACGAAUCAGCUGAAAGUCCUCCUAUAUCAUUUGAGCAUAUUGAGAGCUUGGUACAACUUUAG